AUGGCGGAGGCUGCCGGGCGGAGGGUCCCCGCCCAGACUUCUCUGACUUUCAAGGAUGUGUGUGUUUCCUUUACCCUAGAGGAGUGGGACUUACUUGAUGAAGACCAGAUAUUCCUGUACUAUUCUGUGACACUGGAGAACUUUCUAAUGGCGACCUCAGUAAGGCUUGCAAUUUGUGGACACUCUGUACAUACGCAGCCUGAGCCACUGAGACAGCCCAGUGUUCCUGACAAGGUAGAUCUAGGUCCAGCCAAAACAAAGAUGAUACAAGGGAGCUCUGGCCCUGGAUGUGGGAAUACAGUAGGGGAUGAAAAUGCAUCUUCUGCGAGGGUUGUGCCUGUUACAGUGUCACAGGUGAGCACUCUCAAUGUGGGUCUGCCCAUGCAAACGUGUGAAACGUGUGACCUGAUCUUGAAAGGCAUUUUGCAUCUGCUUGGGCAGCAGGGUAUACUCCCUGGGCAGCCGUCAUACCCAUGUAAGUCGUGUGGGAGAACCUUCAGUAUAAUCCUUGACCAAAUCCCACAGCAGCAGAAUGGAGAGACAUCUGGUAGAAUGAAAAAGGGCCAGAACAAGUUUUUUAAGAGCAGCGGAAGCCACACGUCAGAGAAUGCCCUCACUGAUAGGAAGGAUGGGGUAGAGGUCUCUGCCAGCUCUGGACUUGGCCAACACCAUGUCACUAACAAUGGGCAGAAGCCAUACUGGAGCACUAAGCGUGAGGCUUCUCACACCCAUCAAAGAGGUUACAGGUGCAGUGAAUGUGGGCAAAUUUUUAGCCACAAAGACACAUGUAGUCAGAACCCGAAUAGCCAGAUGGGAAAAGAGUCUUAUCAGUGCAACCAAUGUGGCAAAUUGUUUAGCAACCACUCCGACUUUAUGUUACACAAAAAAUCUCACAACAAAGCAAUAUGUUAUCAGUGCACUGAGUGUGGGAAAUAUUUUAAGCUCCACACCAGCCUCGAAGUACACCUGAAAAAUCACCAGAAAAUAUUAAAGUCUUAUGAGUGUACGGAAUGUGGGAAAGUCUUUCGUAGACGUUACUACUUUCUUGAGCACCUGAACAUUCACACUGGAGAAAAACCUUAUAAAUGCAGUGAAUGUCAGGAAAUCUUUCCCUGCAAAAAAACACUUACUCAGCACCAGAAAAUUCACAAUGAAAUAAAGCCUUAUUCUUGUGACAGAUGUGGGAAAGCCUUUUCCCGUAAAUCUGUACUUCAAGAACACCAGAGAAUCCACACUGGAGAAAAGAUUUAUGAGUGUGAUGAAUGUGGGAAAUGCUUAAGGUACAGAACCUCCCUUAAAACACAUAAGAAACUUCACAGUGGAAUCAGGCCUUAUGAGUGCAAUGAAUGUGGGAAAACCUACAUCACUAGAGCCCACCUUAUUCACCACAAGAAAGUUCACACCAAAGCAAGGCCUGGGGGUGAAGAGAAUGUUGGAAAUUCUUUGGUGGCAACUUCAGCCUCAUUAUCCACCACAGACAAAACACUGGAUCAAGGUCUUAUGUGUUCAGCAAGUGUGGGAGAGUCUACAGAAGACGCUCCCACCUUGCGUGCAUGA